CGUUUUGUGCUGCUUGCCAUAUCACCUCUCUUGGCUGAGUAUAUAAGACCGGUCAAAUAUUUGUGAAGCAAGAGCUGUUCCCCUACCACAACUGAGAAAAAAGUAAGUGUUGGCCUUUUUCUCAAGACUUUUCAACAAUGAAAGCUUGCCUGUGGAUUACCCUCAUUUCCCUCAUCGCCGUAUGCUAUGGCGCAACAAUUCAACCACAGGUGACCAAUCACAGGCCUGUUUUUUCAAAAGAGGCUGAGACGGAAGUGCUCGAAAAGACUGGAAAAACCCUGGAAAUCGUGGGGCGACUAUUACAGGGCGAGGACGUCGCCUUGACCGAUGAGGUGCAGGAAGACUUGAUCAAAGUCCUUAAGGUUGCGUCCGCCAAUGGUGAAGUUUUGAGUGAAGAUGGCUCUGAGCACAUUUGGCCGAUCAUCAUUCGUGGCGUUGCCCAAGGUGCCAUCGCACACGUUGUGCAGAAGAAGCUGAACAAAGGCUAAACAUAACGUCAAGUCAGCAAGCGAUAUCGCCAAAUAUUGUUUGUUAGAUGGGAUAUCGAACGCCACCGCUUGACAGCAACUAAAAAUAGGGUUUAAAAGUGAUUCUCAAAAAGAAUCGUAUUUGAUCACUUGAAAUAAAGAGAUGGUUGGUACAAUGAA